AAGAAUUCCGAACUCCAGCCUCUCAGCAAGAAAAGUAGAACGCGACACAUUAUUCGAACAUUUAUGGCAUAUAUAUCAAUAAGAAAUAAGUAAAUUUAAGUUAGUAAUCAAAUUAAAUGGUUUUUACAUUAAUGUUUAUCACGUAGAGUGAAAAAUUGGAGGUUAUUCGAUCGAGGUAGAGAAAUAAUGACUAGUCCAGAUAAAUUACGAAUUCUAGCAAUUCAUGGAUACCGUCAAUCAGAUUUGACUUUCAGAGCAAAAAUCGGAUCCCUGAGGAAGAGUUUGAAAAAGGAAGUAGAUUUUGUUUUUGUAAAAGCUCCUCAUAAAGUUCCACCUCUAGAAGAAGCUGCUAAAGAAGAAGAUUCUGAAACAGAAGGAUUUGGUUGGUGGUUCAAUACUGAAGACAGAGUAUUCAGGGCAAUUGUACCCAGCAAUUUAUCAGUGGGUUUUGAAGAAAGCGUAGCUUUAAUAGAAAAAACUUUUGAAGUAUCUGGCCCAUUCGAUGGAUUGCUUGGAUUCUCCCAAGGGGCAUCAUUCGUUUCUAUUCUCUGUGCCAUGCAAGAGAAAAAACUUUCCCCCAUACAGUUUGAUUUUGCGAUCCUGGUUUCCGGUUUUAAGUCACUUUGUGAGCCACACGCUAUUUACUACAAAGAAGUAAAAUUCGACUUACCAACUUUGCACGUUUAUGGAGAGGGCGACAAAAUAAUUCCCACCACAGUGGCAGCAGAGUUAUUGGAACUAUUUUCCGACCCAAAAAAGUAUUUUAUACACGAAGGUGGUCACUACGUUCCAGGAAAAAAAAACAUUUAUAACGAUUUUAUCCAGGAGAUGUUAGCAAAAAAAUCUGCUCGAAAAGAAACUCUCAAUUAACAUACCAAAAUUACCAAGGAAAUAAAAAAAUCACAUUGGUACUUAAUUUAAAAAAUAGCAGUAUUAGUGUAAAUAAAAGAAAU